CGCUCGGAUUAGAUUGCUCUCCUCCAGCGCCACCCGUUCCUCGAGAUCGUCUACGCUCUGUCACUCCCUCCCCCUUCCCCGUGCCCUGGGGAAAAGUAAGAAGAUAAAAAGCUGAAAGAGAUCGAAGAGUGGAGUCAAAAGUACCAGGAGGAGUGGGAAGGAGUCGGUUGCCGAUCCUUCCGAGCUGCUCCCUCCGAAAUUUAGGGUUUUGGCGGUAGAACUCGGUCCUUCCUACCCCGAAUCCCACCGACAUCGAGGGGUCUGUACUUGCUUGGAGUUGGUUUGUGUGUUUCCGAUACGCUUUCUCCCGGUGUACGGAUUCGGGUUGCAGGGUUGUCUCUCUCAGCUGGUUGUUGCCCAUCGGGAGACUUGCUUUAAUUGCUCCGAGUGGUUGGUACGGAGAGGGUUCUGGAACCUUCGUCUCUGGCGGGGUGGAAGUCUUCUAGGGCUGGAAAGUUGAAAGCUUUAGGGAUCUUUUUUGUGAGUUUGUUUGGGUUGCUUGGUGGCGGCGGUGACGGUGGAUGGGGAGUAGGAGAAGCUGGGGUGAGAGUCGAAGAUGGUGAACUAGCUGUGGCCGGGAUGCCGAGCUUUAUUUCGUCGUCGACGGCCGUCCAGGACAACAGCACUGAGGAAAACACAACACAUCCUUCUCGAGUAUCUGACUUUGGCUUGCUUGAGCAGUCUACUGUAUUUCAUAUAGGUGCUGCUUCUGACAUCAGCAGGGAUCUGGCAGCUAGUGUGAAACAAAGCGGACAAACCUUUACUUCAAAUAUUUCUCAAUCCGGUGUUCUCAGUAAUCCUUUAGCUUCCUCUGGUACCACACCUGCUGUAAGGGUUGAGCCUUUGACAUCACCUCAACAAAAGGGUCAGCAACCUAAGCUGGUGUCAUUUUCCAGCAGUCAUUUUGAGAACUGGGGAGAGUCCACAAUGGCAGAUGCUAGUCCUAGGACAGAUACUUCCACAGAUGUGGACACUGAUGACAAAAAUCAGAGGUCAGAACGAGGACAACUUGCUGCUGUUGCAGCAUCUGAUUCUAGUGACAGAUCGAAGGACAAAACACUGGACCAAAAGACACUUCGUCGACUUGCUCAAAAUCGUGAAGCUGCCAGAAAGAGUCGGUUAAGGAAAAAGGCAUAUGUGCAACAACUAGAGAGUAGCCGACUGAAGCUUACUCAACUUGAGCAGGAGCUCCAAAGAGCUCGCCAGCAGGGAAUUUUUAUUUCUAGCUCAGGAGAUCAAACCCAUGCCAUGGGUGGAAAUGGGGCCUUGGCUUUUGACGUAGAGUAUGCACGAUGGCUUGAUGAUCAUAACCGGCAGAUCAGUGAACUGAGGACUGCAGUGAAUGCUCAUGCGAGUGAAAAUGAUCUACGUGUUAUUGUCGAUGGCAUCAUGACACAUUAUGAAGAAAUAUUUCGGCUGAAGGGUGUUGCCGCCAAGGCAGAUGUUUUUCACAUAUUAUCAGGCAUGUGGAAGACACCAGCCGAAAGGUGUUUUUUAUGGCUGGGGGGUUUCCGUUCAUCUGAGCUUCUAAAGCUACUAGUAAAUCAGCUGGAGCCGCUUACCGAGCAGCAGUUGAUGGGCAUAUGCAACCUCCAGCAGUCAUCACAACAGGCUGAAGAUGCUCUCUCUCAAGGGAUGGAGGCAUUGCAGCAGUCCUUGGCAGAAACAUUGGCUGGCUCUCUCGGUCCCUCAGGAUCUACAGGGAAUGUUGCAAACUACAUGGGCCAGAUGGCUAUGGCGAUGGGGAAACUUGGAACUCUUGAGACUUUUCUUCGCCAGGCGGACAACCUGCGACAGCAAACCCUGCAACAAAUGAUCCGGAUAUUAACUACCCGUCAGUCUGCACGGGCGCUUCUUGCCAUAAGCGAUUACUUCUCACGACUUCGUGCCCUGAGCUCCCUUUGGCUUGCUCGGCCUCGCGAGUAAGAUGCCAAAUGUGAUUGCUCCAUUCUACUUGGCAACACUACUUCCCAAUUGAAGGGCCAAUUGGCAGAAAUAUCUAUCUUAUUGGUAUCAUAAUUGACUCCUGUAUCAUGGAUGGCUGGUUGGUUGCACUCUUAGAGUCUCAGACACCGGGCAUGGAGCUAAAUCUAACUCGGUUCAUGUAUAGCAAGAUCGGUUGUCGUCGAUGCUCAUGCAAUGUACCAUUUGCUUGUGUAAAAAAAAUACCAUCUAUGUCGUCGUUCUGUAUGCUAGAGAUGAUCAAUGCAAUAAUAGUUCAGCAUAUUUAUGGCUAAAAUUUCAA